UCUUUACUUCACUCACUAGGCACAUGUUGAGACCCACAGACUUGAUUCUCAUCCAGCUAGUCCUAGGUAACAACUUGGUUCUGUUUCAUAAAGGAGUUCCUCAGACAAUGGCAGCAUUUGGGUUGAAAUCUUUUCUGGAUGAUGCUGGAUGUAAGCUUGUCUUCUAUUUUCACCGAGUGGCCAGAGGGGUUUCCCUCAGCACCACCUGCCUGCUCAGUGGUUUCCAGGCCAUUAAGCUCAACACUAACACCUCCAAGUGGUUGGAGCUCAAGGUUACAUUCCCAAAGUGCUUUGGCUUCUGCUGUUUCCUCUGCUGGAUCCUGCAUCUCCUGUUGAAUAUCUUUAUUUCUUUGCAUGUUACUGGACCAAGAAAGAACAAAAACAGUGUGGAAAAAAUUUAUGAAUACUGUAAUUCACCCAUUCCAAACAAAUUUGUUGUUUUACUACAUGCAGUCAUGUUCUCCUUCACUGGUGUCACUUGUUUGGGCCUCAUGGCCUGGUCUAGUGGCUCCAUGGUCUCUGUCCUGCUCAGGCACAAGCAACAAGUCCAACACAUUCACAGCAACAGACUUCCCCCCAAACCCUCCCACAAGGCCAGAGCCACACACACCACCCUGGCCCUGGUGAGCAUAUGCAUCUCCUUUUAUUUUGUCUCUUUUAUUUUGUCUUUGUGGGUAACACUUAUUGUGAACCCAAGCCACUGGCUGAUGAACAUCUCUGCUCUGGCAUCUUCAGGCUUCCUGACCUUCAGCCCCUUCGUGCUCUAUGGCAGUGACACCCGUGCCUGUCAGUUUUUCUCUGCUUCUAGGGAAGAAAAAUAAUUUUUCAAGUAUGGUCUCUAAAACAGUAAGUUCCCUAUAGGACAUCCUAUCAUUUAUUUAAUCACUUUUCUUUUGCCGGUUAAAAAAAAAAUGUAUUCAUUUUUGAGAGAGAUAGAGAGAAAGACAGAGUGCAAAGAGGGGAGGGACAGAGAGAGGGGGAGACACAGAAUCCAAAGCAGACUCCAGGCUGUGGGCUGUCAGCACAGAGCCUGACACAGGGCUGAAAUCCACAAACUGUGAGAUCAUGAUGUGAGCCAAAGUCAGAUGCCUAACCCACUGAGCCACCCAGGCGUCCCUAUUUAAUCACUUUUUUGUGUGUUUGUAUGCUCGUGUUUAAUGCCAGAUGAUCUAUUAUCACAUAGGGACUCAGUAUGGAAUAACAGCAAAAAUAACCCUGGCCUCAUACAGCUUAUAAGAUUUCCAAAAAAUGAACAUGGUAUAAAUAAUAUCUCAGUGAUGACUUUCUAAAACUACAGGGUGCCUUGGUGGCUCAGUUGGUUAAGCAUUUGACUCUUGCUUUCGGCUUAGGUCAUGAUCUCACGGUUUCGUGAGUUUGAGCCCCACAUCGGGCUCUGCACUGGCAGUGCAAAACCUGCUUGAGAUUCUCUCUCUCUCCCUUGCUCUCUGCCCCUCCCUCACUCACUCUGUCUCUGUCUUUCUCAAAAUAAAAUUUUAAAAAACUUAAAAAAAUAAAAUUAUAUAAUGCUAUUCAAUGGAGAAUAUCAGGUAAUGCUGAUAAUGACAUGGGGAUUUUUGUGUUUAGUUCUGUUGAUUCAAACUUUGAAGUGACAUCCAUAAGAUUCAUUGCAUUGUCAAAGCAUAUUGAGUGAAAAGUGUUUCAAGUGAGAAGAAAAUGACUGGGAAUACCCCAAAUUGGUCCAACACAGGUGGACUUAAAGGAAUUAAAAGAAGUUUAUGAGGUUUAGCAGAGUGUGGCGAGGGAGGAAGGUAGGUGGUAUCUUCUGGCAGGGGUUGGAGGUGGUGUCAAUGAUCAAAACUUUUCAUAGGAAAGAUCAUGGGUCUCUCAGAACUUUUGUCCACUGAAAGAAUCAAAAUUGUGAUAAAAAAUAAAAAUAAUUUCAGGCGCCUGGGUGGCUCAGUUGGUUAACUGUCGUAGACUCUAAGUCUGAAGUUCUCUUUUGGCCAGCAAAAGAGUGGGACACAGGAUUAAAGCAAGAGAUGGCUAAUGUCCGGGAAAAGAUAUGAGCCCCAAAUAAGGGUCCUUGCCCUGUAUUUAUUAAGAUAAGAAGGCUUACAAACGUGAUGGGCAUGUACAAAGAGACAAAGAAACUGUGAGCAUUAACUUGGGGAUGUGAGGGAAAAGGGGGGUUUUGAAGAUAUACAGUGUUUGGGGUUUGGGUCAAUAUAAAACAAAAUCCUGGCACCGGGCAGAUGGGUAGAUGGUUGUUAAUGGCAGAUAUGAGGCACCGUGUCUGUUUAUCUUAGCUAGCCUGGGGGAUGAGACAGAUAGGGGGAAUAACCUCAGGGUUAACAAGGCACCUUUUCUUUUGUUAACCAUCUCCGCUCUGGGCUGCUUUGCCUGCAGCACAGCGGUCCAUAGUCCGAAUUCACCAGUUUACCUAACUUGGCCCCUUCCUCUUGUGAAAGCAGCUUUUCUGCUAUGGUACUAAAUUGGGGGGCAUUUUUGCCUCGCAUGCCUAAUCUUGUUCACCUUAUAUACCUUUGUAUUGAGAGCCUUUGCACCCAUUCCUAUUUUGGGACUUUGUCCCUCCUUCUCUAUUCCAGGGGCUCUGCACUCCCUUCUAUUCUGGGGUGCCUUUGCACCUCCCUAUUCUUGGGGUGCCAGUAUUUUUUUACCCGAACUUGGGUGUGAGCAUUCUGUGGCUUUGUAUUUCUUUAUGCCUUGUUAACCCAUUGGUGUAAGCCCGGGGAUUUCUAAGCUUAUUCUCCACAGUUAACUAUCCGACUUCAGCUCAGGUCAUGAUCUCACAGUCUGUGAGUUCGAACCCCAUGUCGGGCUCUGUGCUAAUAGCUCAGAGCCUGGGGCCUGCUUUGGAUAAUCUCUCUGCCCCUCCCCGC